GGUCUGGGAACAUAAUGGACACCCUGGAUGACCUGCCUCCAGGGAUUGGUCAGUAUGAUGACUUUCACACCAUUGACUGGCUGCGGGACAUUGCUCGUGAUCGCAUGAGGCACAGGCACAUCGUGAAGAAACGGCAAGAAGGAUGCUGGGAGAAGCUGAAAGGUGCUCAUGAUGCCUGGUCCGGAUGGGUGUGCGUCUUAUUGGUUGGAGUAGCCGCAGGCACCUGUGCUGGCAUCAUUGAUAUUGGUGCUACCUGGAUGUCAGAUCUGAAGGAAGGUGUCUGUUUGGAGGCGUUCUGGUUUAACAGAGAGCAGUGCUGCUGGAGUGGGCCUAGCUUAAAUGCUACUUCCUUGGAUGAGUUUGAGGAGUGCUCACAGUGGUGGACCUGGAGCCACAUCCUGAGUGGAAGUGUUUCGGGUGCAGGUUCCUACAUCAUUGGCUAUCUGUUUUAUGUUGUGUGGGCGUUGCUGUUUGGCUUGCUGGCUGCCACCUUGGUCCGCAUGUUUGCCCCGUAUGCCUGUGGUUCCGGUGUUCCUGAGAUUAAAACCAUCCUAAGUGGCUUCAUCAUCCGUGGGUACCUGGGUAAGUGGACCCUGCUGAUCAAAUCACUUGGCAUGAUGUUGUCUGUGUCAGCGGGUCUCAGCCUGGGAAAAGAGGGCCCAUUCGUGCAUGUGGCUUGCUGCUGUGGAAAUAUAUUCUCCUACUUGUUUCCCAAGUAUGGACGGAAUGAGGCCAAGAAGAGAGAGAUCUUGUCUGCUGCCUCUGCUGCUGGUGUCAGUGUGGCUUUUGGAGCUCCCAUUGGUGGUGUGCUGUUCAGUUUGGAGGAGGUGAGCUACUACUUUCCACUGAAGACCUUGUGGAGGUCCUUCUUCUGUGCUCUCAUCGCAGCGUUUGUCCUGCGGUCCAUCAACCCCUUUGGCAAUGAUCACCUGGUGAUGUUCUCUAUAGACUAUAAUGAGCCCUGGUCCUUGCUGGAGCUGUUUCCUUUCAUUUUGAUUGGAGCACUUGGGGGUGUCUUUGGGAAGUUCUUCAUUAAGUUCAACAUUAUGUGGUGCCGCUACAGAAAGAACUCUAAAUUAGGAAACUAUCCUAUCUUUGAGGUACUGGCGGUCACAUUCAUCACAGCUCUGCUCAGUUACCCCAACCCAUACACCAGGAUGAACAGCAGUGAGCUCAUCAGGUUACUGGUCAGUCGCUGUGGUCCUGAUGAUGAUGUUGAGCUGUGCGACUACCACCGCAAUCCGAACCUGACAGACCCCUUUAAGUAUUCGGCAGUGUCCGGGCCCAGUGUCAACAGUGCCAUGUGGAAGCUGUCUCUAGCUCUCAUCUUUAAACUCAUCAUCACUGUUUUUACCUUUGGCAUCAAGGUACCAGCAGGACUUUUCAUUCCGAGCAUGGCUGUUGGCGCUAUUGUUGGCAGGCUCAUUGGUGUUGGUUUUGAGCAGUUGGUUGUAAAUAACCCAUCGACGGUGCUGUUCUCAAGUAUGUGUGUGUCUCCUGGCAAAUGUAUUGUCACACCAGGCCUGUACGCCAUGGUUGGUGCUGCUGCAGCUUUAGGUGGGGUCACCCGCAUGACAGUUUCUCUAGUGGUCAUCAUGUUUGAGCUGACCGGAGGCCUGGAGUAUAUUGUCCCUAUGAUGGCCGCAGCGAUGACCAGUAAAUGGGUUGGUGAUGCUCUGGGAAGGGAGGGAAUAUAUGAUGCACAUAUAGCACUCAACGGGUACCCAUACCUUGAUGCCAAGGAAGAAUUCACUCACACGACAAUAGCAGCAGAUGUCAUGAGACCCCGACGCAAUGAUCCACCAUUGGCUGUUAUUACUCAAGAUUCCAUGACAGUUGAGGAAAUUG